ACAUGAACGCGGCAUAUUACAGUGCGAUAAUAGGAUACUGACGAACUGGUUGCUAUCUGGCUACAUGAAGAAAGUUAGGAAAGGAAAGUAGUAUAGUUGGCAAAAUAUUCAGGCUUUGCACUCAUGCCAAAAUAGGGAGUUUGGAGCCAAAUCUAAACACUCACACCCGACCAUCGUGAUGUCACAGUUCAAGCGUUCGAACGUCUUGGAAGAUAAGAAUUAACACACACAUUUUUCAUCUCCAGAGAGUGAAAACCGUCCUUUUCGAAAAGAUCAUUUACGGGGAAUUAGAAACGUUCUACUACAUGGAGUUGCAACUGAGGAGAACUGCUCUUUGGCUGUUUCUUCUACUCACCAUAAGAACAGUUUUUUGUUGCGCUGAGGCUGAACAUUCUCCAAUGGUUGGGAACUUUUUGCAGAAGCACUUUGUCCUCGGAGUGGUGUAGAGCUGAGAAUGGAGGAAGAAUCAACAUGCUUUCAUUGAACAUUUAUUGUUAUGUGCCUCGUGUGAGCUGUCGAAGAGGAACGGGCACAAUUUACACUUCAGAGUAAUUGUUUAUUUUUUAUAGAGUUGAUGUUCAGUAAUACAUCAAAGAUGUCUUAUUUGUAAAAGUAAGCUAAACAGUGCUACUAGAAUUCGUCCCCCGAAUGAUCUAUCGCUUAUUCAACCGACUGGAUAUUCUAAACAAAUGACCAAGAUGCUUCAACAAAGCCAAUGUUGUUGAAUAGAACUUGAGAGCUGCUAUUCGAAAUAAUACGUUCGAUAUCGGUCAACUUUGACUCUUUACCUCGUCAAGAAGACAUAAGACAGCCAAUGUCUGCCUGCAGCAGUUCUUCCCCUCCACCCUUACCCAGACUGUGCCCCCUCUCUGUGGCUCCGAAUCCAGUCGCCCCACCGACUCCUUCGCCGUCUCCGAGCCCGCCGGCGACACUCUACAGUCGACUGUCAAAUGGGAGUCUCUGCGCCCCGAGCCCCACCAACUCCGGGUGCUCUUUCCACGGGGUGUCUUUUCUUAUCCAGAUCGGACUCACCAGGGAAACGGUGAACCUGGAUGCCAGCGAUCUGUCCGGGAUAUCUGCGGUGAAGGAGCUCGUAUGUUCAAUAGUAGACCAAAAGUUCCCAGAGUGUGGAUUCUUUGGCAUGUACGACAAGAUCCUUCUGUUCCGCCAUGAUCUAACUUCAGAGAACAUCCUGCAGCUACUGACGUCAGCGGAGGACAUCCAUGAGGGAGACCUGAUCGAGGUGGUCCUCUCCGCUCUAGCCACUGUCGAGGACUUCCAGAUCCGGCCCCAUGCCUUGUAUGUGCACUCCUACAAGGCGCCGGCCUUCUGUGAUGACUGUGGGGAGAUGCUGUGGGGCCUGGUCCGACAGGGCCUCAAAUGUGAAGGGUGUGGGCUGAACUACCACAAGCGCUGCGCCUUUAAGAUCCCUAACAACUGUAGCGGGGUGAGAAAGAGACGGCUGUCCAACGUGUCCCUGCCUGGAGCCGUGCUGUCCGUCCCCCGCCCAGCCCCCAUCGAACAUGUCCCUGUUUCCCAGGAAGAGCAGCGCCCUCUCCAGGGGGCAGGGAAGGGUAACAGCCUGUUGAGCGGCAGACCUAUCUGGAUGGAGAAGAUGGUGCUGGGAAGGGUCAAGGUGCCUCACACCUUCUCUGUGCACACCUACACCAGACCAACCAUCUGCCAGUUCUGUAAACGCCUGCUGAAAGGCCUGUUCCGCCAGGGCAUGCAGUGCAAAGAUUGUAAAUUUAACUGCCAUAAGAGAUGUGCAGCCAAGAUACCAAGAGACUGCCUUGGUGAGGUUUCCUUUAAUGGAGAACCAGCCAGUCCUGGGCCCGACUCUGAGACUACCAUGGAGGUGGACAACAGUGAUGUGAACAGUGAGGGCAGCCAGAGCAUGGAAGACCCAGAGGAGCCUUCCACCCCAGACGACAAGUUCUACAUUGAAGGGCCCUGUCUGGAUGGGGACAAGGACGAGGACACAGUGAAGGCUAUCAGCCCCAUGACAAGCAGUUUCAUCCCCCUAAUGCGGGUGGUUCAGUCCAUAAAACAAACCAAGCGGAAGAGCUCAACCAUGGUUCGGGAGGGAUGGAUGGUCCACUACACCAGCCGUGACAACCUGAGGAAGAGGCAUUACUGGAGGCUGGACAGCAAGUGUCUGACCCUGCUGCAGAACGAAACGGGAACCAAGUAUUACAAGGAGAUCCCCCUGUCAGAGAUCCUGCAGGUGGAGCAGGCUCAGGACUUCCAUAGCCUGGCACAGGGCAGCAACCCCCACUGCUUCGAGAUCAUCACUGCCACUAUGGUCUACUAUGUGGGGGAGAAUAACAGUGGUCACUUCCAUAACCCUUCCCUGGCUGCCACGGGUGUGGGGCUGGAGGUGGCCCAGGGCUGGGAGAAGGCCAUCCGGCAGGCCCUGAUGCCCGUCACUCCGCAACCCAGUGUCGGCACUGGCCCCGGACAGGGCAAGGAUCACAAGGACAUUUCUAUCAGCAUAUCAGUGUCUAACUCACAGAUCACAGAGAAUGUGGAUAUCAGUUCAGUCUACCAGAUCUUUGCUGAUGAGGUCCUUGGAUCGGGCCAGUUUGGGAUUGUGUAUGGAGGUAAACACAGAAAGACUGGGAGAGACGUGGCCAUCAAAAUCAUCGACAAGAUGAGGUUCCCUACCAAGCAGGAGAGCCAGCUGAGGAACGAGGUGGCUAUUCUCCAGAACCUUCACCAUCCUGGCAUCGUCAACCUGGAGUGCAUGUUCGAGACCCCCGAGAGGGUCUUUGUUGUCAUGGAGAAGCUCCAUGGAGACAUGCUGGAGAUGAUCCUAUCCAGUGAGAAGAGCAAGCUCCCGGAGCGUCUCACCAAGUUCCUGGUCACACAGAUCCUAGUGGCUCUGAGGCAUCUCCAUUUUAAGAACAUCGUCCACUGUGACCUGAAGCCUGAGAAUGUGCUGCUGGCCUCCGCGGAGCCCUUCCCUCAGGUGAAGCUAUGUGACUUUGGCUUCGCUCGCAUCAUUGGCGAGAAGUCGUUCAGGCGCUCUGUGGUCGGCACACCCGCCUACCUGGCACCCGAGGUCCUACGCAGUAAAGGUUACAACCGUUCCCUGGACAUGUGGUCGGUAGGUGUGAUCGUUUACGUCAGCCUCAGUGGGACCUUCCCCUUCAAUGAGGACGAGGACAUCAACGACCAGAUCCAGAACGCUGCCUUCAUGUACCCUUCCAACCCCUGGAAGGACAUCUCUGGAGAGGCCACAGACCUGAUCAACAACCUCCUCCAGGUGAAGAUGAGGAAGCGCUACAGUGUGGACAAGUCUCUCAGUCACCCCUGGCUCCAGGACUAUCAGACGUGGCUGGACCUGCGGGAGUUUGAGACACGCAGAGGGGAGCGCUACAUCACCCACGAGAGCGACGACGCCCGCUGGGAGGAGCACGCCGACGAGCGGAACCUGCAUUAUCCCAAGCACUUCAUCAUGGCGCCCAACCUGGACGACAUGGAAGAGGACCCCUAGUGGCUGGGAGGACUACCUGCAGGCUGCACGUUUCAGGAGUUCACAGGACAUCCUGAGACUCGGAGACCCAUAGCUAGUGCUUGGGUCCCUGGAACCUGCUACUGCUGGCGAAGACUGUAAGCUUAAACAGGGGGAGAUGCAUGUACCCUAUAUGUUUGUGCAUAAAGGUGUCAUUGUGCAUUACCACAUGGAACAGACAGGAGGCGCUGCAGUGGACAAGCAGCUGUAUGGUGGUACAGUAGCAUGGGAACACAUUCGUGGUGUUGUGAGGAAAGGAGCGACGAUCGAGAUCGAGUAUCUUCAGGUUGUUUGGUUUUCAUCACAUUCCAGAGACCUUACGUAUGUGGAUUCUCUCUCCACUGACUGUCUCUACAAGCCAUAAUAUACAGACCUCAUAUUCAACUCUGGACCUAGAUGCCAUUUCCACUGCAUUUUUUCAUUCUUUCCCUCUAAUCAAGGACUGAUUUAGACCUGGGACACCAGGUGGGUGCAAUUAAUUAUCAGGUAGAACAGAAAACCAUCAGGCUCCAGACGUCGUAGGGUUGAAUUGUUGAAUACCUCUGACAUACAGUCUGUCUCUUGAGCCUGAAAGACGAACCCUAAGUGGUUGGUUAGUUGGGGACUCCCUCAGCAACAGUAAUAAACAUUUGCACUGCCAUUCAACCCAGAAAAAUGGCUACAGUAAAAGAUGGUUUGGACCAAAUCCAAGAGACAUUUCAGCUUUUCGGCUUCUAUAGCAUAUUUUUCUAAUGUUGUUAGUGUAUCAUGUGUAUUUGAAAUCUCACGACUACAUUGAUUUGUUAAUUUACCAUGAGUGCUAUUUUUUGAAAACAUUUAUUUCCAAUGGUUUCAUGUAAGGCUGUUGAACUCGAAAACAUACAAAAUAUGCUGAUGUUUUGAAUAUAUAUUGAAUAUAUUUUGCUUAUUCGAUAGGAUGUUUUUUGCACUAUUUGUUAACACCUGUAAUCUCUGGCUCCCUUAUUGGAUGCUUUGAAUGAAGUUGUGAACCAAUCAGCAGCUGCUACACACGGUCUUAACCCCCCUUAGAAAAAUACCUGAGAAAAACCCCCAGCAAAAAUAAUACCGGUCUAUCCAAAGCCUGAGAAAUCUUCCCAUAGAAAUAAUUACAUUUUUUAAGAUUCUACCUUUAUUUUUGUAUCAAAUUCUGGAUGUCAAUUGAAUGGAGUAGAGUGCUAAGUGUCACAAAAACAUUGAUAGGACCAAGCCUAGAUAAUUGUAGAUGUUAAUUCUCUGCUCUCAGCCAUAGCUUACAAAUGUGUUUUUUUCUCUCCAAUGAAGUAAAGAUAGUUGAGAAAUGUUUUUUUUUAAUUCAAGAACUGAUGUGACGACCUCGGGGCUCUGCCUUAUUUAUUUUCCUUCUCAUUUCAUUUCAUUACAUGUGUUGUGUUUGUACGGAUGAUUGAGUGGAUUCCCACUCAACGCCAGACCUGCUGCUGUACCCCAGUGAGGGAGCUGCAAGGCCAAGGCAGAUUCACAAAGGAUUUUAUCCCAAAUGGCACCCUAUUCCUUAUAUAGAGCACUACUUCUGACUUAAGCUGUGGUCAAAACCCGUGCACUAUAUAGGGGAUAGGGUGCCAUUUGGGAUGCUGACAAAGUCUGAUCAGUGACAAAGUGACAAAAAGCAUGGUAGGAUAAAAAGACUGCAGCAGAUAAAUGGACUGAGUACUCUGUACUAUGUCAAACAAGCCAACAGCAGAUAAAUGGACUGAGUACUCUGUACUAUGUCAAACAAGCCAACAGCAGAUAAAUGGACUGAGUACUCUGUACUAUGUCAAACAAGCCAACAGCAGAUAAAUGGACUGAGUACUCUGUACUAUGUCAAACAAGCCAACAACAGAUAAAUGGACUGAGUACUCUGUACUAUGUCAAACAAGCCAACAGCAGAUAAAUGGACUGAGUACUCUGUACUAUGUCAAACAAGCCAACAGCAGAUAAAUGGACUGAGUACUCUGUACUAUGUCAAACAAGCCAACAGCAGAUAAAUGGACUGAGUACUCUGUACUAUGUCAAACAAGCCAACAGCAGAUAAAUGGACUGAGUACUCUGUACUAUGUCAAACAAGCCAACAGCAGAUAAAUGGACUGAGUACUCUGUACUAUGUCAAACAAGCCAACAGCAGAUAAAUGGACUGAGUACUCUGUAAUAUGUCAAACAAGCCAACAGCAGAUAAAUGGACUGAGUACUCUGUACUAUGUCAAACAGGCCAACAGCAGAUAAAUGGACUGAGUACUCUGUACCAUGUCAAACAAGCCAACAGCAGAUAAAUGGACUGAGUACUCUGUACCAUGUCAAACAAGCCAACAACAGAUAAAUGGACUGAGUACUCUGUACUAUGUCAAACAAGCCAACAUGUAAUAUGUCAAACAAGCCAACAUCAGAUAAAUGGACUGAGUACUCUGUACUAUGUCAAACAAGCCAACAGCAGAUAAAUGGACUGAGUACUCUGUACUAUGUCAAACAAGCCAACAUGUAAUAUGUCAAACAAGCCAACAGCAGAUAAAUGGACUGAGUACUCUGUACUAUGUCAAACAAGCCAACAGCAGAUAAAUGGACUGAGUACUCUGUAAUAUGUCAAACAAGCCAACAACAGAUAAAUGGACUGAGUACUCUGUACUAUGUCAAACAAGCCAACAACAGAUAAAUGGACUGAGUACUCUGUAAUAUGUCAAACAAGCCAACAGCAGAUAAAUGGACUGAGUACUCUGUACUAUGUCAAACAAGCCAACAGCAGAUAAAUGGACUGAGUACUCUGUACUAUGUCAAACAAGCCAACAGCAGAUAAAUGGACUGAGUACUCUGUAAUAUGUCAAACAAGCCAACAACAGAUAAAUGGACUGAGUACUCUGUACUAUGUCAAACAAGCCAACAUGUAAUAUGUCAAACAAGCCAACAGCAGAUAAAUGGACUGAGUACUCUGUACUGUGUCAAACAAGCCAACAGCAGAUAAAUGGACUGAGUACUCUGUACUAUGUCAAACAUGCCAACAGCAGAUAAAUGGACUUAGUACUCUGCACUAUGUCAAACAAGACAACAACAGAUAAAUGGACUGAGUACUCUGUAAUAUGUCAAACAAGCCAACAGCAGAUAAAUGGACUGAGUCCUCUGUAAUAUGUCAAACAAGCCAACAACAGAUAAAUGGACUGAGUACUCUGUACUAUGUCAAACAAGCCAACAGCAGAUAAAUGGACUUAGUACUCUGCACUAUGUCAAACAAGCCAACAACAGAUAAAUGGACUGAGUCCUCUGUACUAUGUCAAACAAGCCAACAACAGAUAAAUGGACUGAGUACUCUGUACUAUGUCAAACAAGCCAACAGCAGAUAAAUGGACUGAGUACUCUGUAAUAUGUCAAACAAGCCAACAGCAGAUAAAUGGACUGAGUACUCUGUACUAUGUCAAACAAGCCAACAACAGAUAAAUGGACUGAGUACUCUGUACUAUGUCAAACAAGCCAACAGCAGAUAAAUGGACUGAGUACUCUGUACUAUGUCAAACAAGCCAACAGCAGAUAAAUGGACUGAGUACUCUGUACUAUGUCAAACAAGCCAACAGCAGAUAAAUGGACUGAGUACUCUGUACUAUGUCAAACAAGCCAACAGCAGAUAAAUGGACUUAGUACUCUGUACUAUGUCAAACAAGCCAACAGCAGAUAAAUGGACUGAGUACUCUGUACUAUGUCAAACAAGCCAACAGCAGAUAAAUGGACUUAGUACUCUGUACGAUGUCAAACAAGCCAACAACAGAUAAAUGGACUGAGUACUCUGUACUAUGUCAAACAAGCCAACAGCAGAUAAAUGGACUGAGUACUCUGUACUAUGUCAAACAAGCCAACAGCAGAUAAAUGGACUGAGUACUCUGUACUAUGUCAAACAAGCCAACAGCAGAUAAAUGGACUGAGUACUCUGCACUAUGUCAAACAAGCCAACAGCAGAUAAAUGGACUGAGUACUCUGUAAUAUGUCAAACAAGCCAACAGCAGAUAAAUGGACUGAGUACUCUGUACUAUGUCAAACAAGCCAACAUGUUGGUUGAAGACAGAAAUCCAUAAUUUGUGUGUGUGUCACAUUUUGGCUUUGUUUGGCGUUUCUCCCAUCCCAAAACAUGGGCACGUCCGUUUGAAUGAUGACCUCACAGCUUGUCCAUGCUAAUAGCGGUUGACAUACAAACACAUUUUAAAUCAAAUAGAACGUUUGACACCACUAGCUGACACCAAUGGAACCAAGUGCAGUCAUAUGCAGGAUACUAACCCAGUUACAUAUUAAUGACAAUACAGAAUACAAUGAAUGCAUUCAUUUAAUUUAUAGUAUCAAAUGAUUUAAAUGUUGUGUGCAGGGACAAAAAUGAUGAUUGUUGUUUUAUGUUUAAACACCAAAUGACUCAAUUGAAAUUCCAGUAUGUUUUCUUCACACUCCCUAUUUUGGUAUUAGUCUAUUUUCAGUCUCAAUCCACCCCUUUGGAUUGUGAAACAAUGUUGUGGUAUGAUGUUUUCCAUGCUGUAUGUUCAGUACAAAGCACACGUAGAAGGGUGAUGAUUUCAACCUGAGAUUCAUUUAGUCUGUGCUGCCACUGGAUUGGCAGAUGUCAAUGUUUUCUAUAUUCCAAUAUUCACAUAUCUAAUAAUAAAUAAAUGCCUCGGACAGUA